GGUGCAAUCACGUAACCCGUCACACCGUAAUACAACUAGAAUCCAAAUCUGAAGUCCGAACCAACAACCUUAAACUAGAAGAAGUGAAGAACCAACAUUUUUGCUGAACAAUUCAUGAGGUACCUUGAUGGUUCAGUUACAGAAUACCAGAAUCAGAUACGUCGUCGUCACAUUCACAUUCACUUAACGCCUUCAUCAUUUCCGUCCAUCACGUUUCUCUCACUCCUCUCCUUCACCUUCACACCCUGCGCAUUUUAGCACCCUCUAACAUUUUUCAAAUUUCACCUACAUUAUUAUUUUUUAUUUUAUCAUUUAAAUUUUUGAAUAAUCACCAAAAAAAAAAAAAAAAAAAAAAAUUUCUUCCUUCGUCCCAUCUUCCGCCUUUUUCUAAAAAAAAAAAAAAUCAAAACAAAUUUCCUCUCUCUCUCUCCUCUUUCUUUCUUUCUCCUCCCAACGACGCCGGCGACCGUCGUUUCAUCGGAAAUUCUCACCACUCUCUGCAAUUUCCGGUGAUCUUUUCUCUCUCCUAGUUUCUCUCUCUUCCUUACUUUCUCUCUCUACAAUCUGUAAGCUCCGAUCCAAACGAACUCAUCAUCUUCUUCUUCAUCAAUUUCAAUUAUUCAUCAUCAUUUUUAAUUUGAUUUAAUUUAAUUUGAAUUUCUUCAACUGCAUCGAAUAGUUCAACUGAAUCGAAAUUUGUUUGAUUGAUUAUUAUUGUUUGAUAAUUUGACGAAAAGUUGUUGAUUUACCUCCCCUGGCAGUCGUCAUAGUCUGCCAGGGUUUUGUUGAAUUAAUGCGAAGAAUGAUGAAAUUUAGGGUUAGGGUUAGGGUUAGGGUUUUGUUGAAUUAAUGGUGGUAUUAGGUUUUUUUGAUUGAUUGAGGAAAUGGUUCGAUUAUUAGGGAUAACUAUUGGGGAGCCGGAUGAAUUUCCUAGGGAGAUUACUAGGAAUAAUUUGAUUGCUAGUAGUGAAACUGUUGGGGAAAAUGGGUGGCUUAUUCGGUUUUUCGAUUCGGCUUUUUUCUGUGAGUGGAUUGCUGUUAGUUACUUGUAUAAGCAUGAACACUCAGGUGUUAGGGAUUACUUGUGCAAUAGAAUGUAUACGCUUCCGUUGUCCGGAAUCGAGAGCUAUUUGUUUCAAAUAUGUUAUAUGAUGGUGCAUAAACCGAGUCCAUCGUUGGAUAAGUUUGUGAUUGAUGUGGCAUCGAAGUCGUUGAAGAUUGCAUUGAAGGUGCAUUGGUUUUUGAUGGCUGAGAUUGAGGAUUCGGAUGAUAAUGAGGGGAUUAGUAGGAUCCAAGAGAAAUGCCAAAUGGCGGCCACGUUGAUGGGGGAGUGGCCGCCUCUUAUUAGGCCUCCGAAUGAGGUGGUUGGGGGGUCUGGAGGUAAGAAUCAGAUGCUUAACAAACUGCUUUCUUCGAAGCAGCGGCUUUUGUCGUUGACAUCAUCACCGCCAUUGCAGAAGUCGUUCACUUUCUCGCCCUCAUCAGGGUCUAAUGUGGGAGAUGAAAGCGGGAAGAUGUCGCCUGAUGAGAAUAACAAGUUUAUUAAGAAAUUUAUGCCAGGGCAGAAAGUCAGGGAUGCUUUGCUCUUUAGGAAGUCAGCUGAGAAGGAAGAUGAUGAUUCGGAGAAGGAUGGAUUCUUUCGAAGGCUGUUGAGAGAUAGUAAAGAUGAGAACGAGGAGUUGACAGCCAGUUCUGAGGGUUUUUUUAAGCGGGUAUUUCGUGAUAGUAAGAGUGAUUCUGAAGAGAGGUCGGUUUCCCGAUCAAUAGAUGAUGAUGAGAAAGAGAAUUUCUUCAGGAAAAUUAUUAAGGAAGUGUUUGAUGAUAAGAAGGAUGGCAAUGAGAGAAAUGAUGAUGAAGACAGGGACGGGACUAGAAAGUUGAUUGAUGAUGAAGAGAAGGAAGGAUUUUUUAGGAAGCUCUUUAAGGAUAAAUUUGAGGACAAAAAGGACGGGAAUGAUGGAAAUGAAGAUGAAGAUAAGGUUUGCUCCAAGUCGGUCAAGGACGAUGAUAAAGAAGGGUUCUUCCGGAAGUUAUUCAAGGAAAAAUCCGAGGAUAAGAAAGAUGGAAAGGAGAGGAAAGAUGAUGAAGAUGAUGAGAAGGAAGGUUUUUUCCGCAAACUUUUUAAGGAGAAGGUUGAGGAGAAGAAACAUGGCAACGACGUCUUCAAUGAUGAAGACAAGGUUCAUGCCAAUGGUGACGAGGAGGAACCUUCAGAUUUUCCACUGUUCCGCAGGUUGUUUCGUGUACAUCCUGAAGAUGCAAAGACUACAGCUUUAGAUGCUAAUAGUAUUGAAGGCAGUCCAGGAACAGAAAAUUUCUUUCGCAAGUUGUUCCGAGAUCGUGAUAGAUCUGUGGAAGACUCUGAGUUGUUUGGCCUAAAAAAGAUAAAAGAGAAAAAUCUUGGUUCAGUCGGUUCACCCUCGCAACAGAAUCAGAAAACAACCUCGAAGCCUCCACUACCAAAUGGUGCUGCAUCACAGUUCCGUAAAGGAGCAUAUCAUGAGUCUCUGGAAUUUGUACAUGCACUAUGUGAAACUUCCUUUGGCCUAGUGGAUGUGUUUCCAAUUGAAGAUCGCAAAUGUGCGCUGCGUGAGUCCCUUGCAGAGAUCAAUUCCCAUGUGGCUGAAGCUCAGUCUAGUGGAGGUGUGUGUUUUCCUAUGGGGAAAGGGGUUUAUCGUGUCCUUAAUAUACCUGAAGAUGAAGCAGUACUUUUAAAUUCCCGAGAGAAAGCACCUUACCUUAUUUGUGUGGAGGUUUUGAAAUGUGAUGCUCCGAGUUAUGUCAAAGAUACAUCAAACUCACAUAAGCUAUCUAAAGGAGGAAUUCCUCUAGCAAAUGGAGACGCACUAUUGCCAAAGCCUCCUCCAUGGGCUUAUCCAUUGGGGACGGUACAGGAGGCCUACCAUAAUGAUGACAGGAUGUCAAAGUCAACCUCUCAAGUGAUUGAUCGAGCUAUGGGUCAAUUUAAGGAUGCGAAAGUUAAAUUUGUUAGUGUCAGCCUAUUGGUGGAGGAUCAAUGCUGUGAUCAACCCUUUCAUGGACAGAGUAAUUUUUUGAGGGUUGGACGACUUGCUGAUCAGGAUUAUGUCAGAGUCGUGUUGACAGCUGAUCCUAGACUUAGAUUUGAAGAUAUUGAAGAUCAAGCGCCACCACGCAGAAAAGAGCAUCGGCGUGUUCCAAGUAUGAUAGCUAUGGAAGAAGUAAAGGCUGCAGCAGCUAAAGGCGAAGCCCCCCUUGGAUUAUCUCUGAAAGGGACUAGCCAAGAAUCAUCAGAUGCACAACACAAGGCUGCCAAUGGUGGUCCUCCAAAGCCCACUGAUGCAUUGUCUGGUGAACUUUGGGAAGUCAAAAAGGAGAGGAUCCGCAAAUUGUCAGUUCAUGGAAAAAUGCCUGGUUGGGAUUUGCGCUCUGUUAUUGUAAAAAGUGGUGAUGAUUGCAGACAGGAGCAUUUGGCUGUUCAGCUUAUCUCUCACUUUUAUGAUAUUUUCCAGGAAGCCGGACUCCCUCUUUGGCUGCGCCCUUAUGAGGUCUUGGUAACCUCAUCUUAUACUGCUCUUAUUGAGACAAUUCCUGACACGGCCUCAAUUCAUUCAAUUAAGAGUAGAUAUUCUAAUGUCACAAGUUUGCGUGAUUUCUUCAAUGCAAAGUAUCAAGAAAACUCUCCAAGUUUUAAACUUGCUCAGCGGAACUUCGUGGAAAGUAUGGCGGGAUACUCUCUUGUCUGCUACCUUCUACAGAUCAAGGAUCGGCACAAUGGUAAUCUUUUGUUGGAUGAAGAUGGUCAUAUUAUACAUAUUGAUUUUGGAUUCUUGCUGUCAAAUUCUCCUGGAGGGGUUAAUUUUGAAAGUGCACCUUUUAAAUUGACUCGUGAACUUCUUGAGGUGAUGGAUUCUGAUGCUGAAGGAGUCCCCAGUGAGUUUUUUGACUAUUUUAAAGUCCUCUGCAUUCAAGGUUUUCUCACUUGUCGCAAGCAUGCAGAGCGAAUAAUCCUUCUCGUGGAGAUGCUGCAGGAUUCUGGAUUUCCAUGCUUUAAAGGUGGACAGCGAACUAUACAAAAUCUGAGAAAACGUUUUCAUUUAAGUCUUACUGAAGAGCAAUGUGUCUCCUUGGUUUUAUCCUUGAUAAGCAGCAGCUUAGAUGCAUGGCGAACAAGACAGUAUGAUUAUUAUCAGAGAGUUCUAAAUGGGAUAUUGUAAUAUCACACUUUUAAUUUGGACAUGGUCAUCUUUUAAAUUGGAUAUUGGGAUGUCACACUUGGAGUUUGGACGUGGCCAUAUAAGGUCAUUGAUUCGUAUGGAAAUGACUCUUAAUCGAAGCAACUUUGAUUGAAGUUUGUCAAGUGACCCUGUAGUCCAGGUGAGUACUUGCCAUUGUGUCAUUGAGUGCUUUGGGAUAGAGAAAGAAGGUAAAGGUUUCCAUGCAGUCUGAUUUGUCGCUCAAUUAUACUGGAUGGGAGUAUUUGUGACUUCAUCGGCAUGAAAACUCAACGGAAGUGGAGACGACUAGGUUGGGCUUGUGAAGGGAUCAUAUUUCGUGUUUGUCCGUUUUCCUUGUUUCAUAUCUUGUGAAAGCUUUGUUGGCUGGGUGACAGUUACCCUUUGGCUCAAAAUGAGUCAGAACUCUCACUCAUUAUCUGCAUCCUGAGUUCCUGACACUGUACAUAGUGAUUCUGCAGAGGGUGAAAUGCUCGUCUCGAGUUUUUCAUCUACUUAACCUCAGACACAAGCAUUAACCUAUACCACCAUCUAAGUUGUACAUUUCGGAAUACAAUUUGAAGAAGGUCAAAUGGCUUUGCUGGAACAUGUUUACCAGAGUGGGCACUUGAUGCCAUCUUAGCUUUCAUAUGGUUUUAUCUGUGAAUUUUUGUAUACAUUUUGUGAGCAAGUUGGCCUCUUUCUUGAGUGGUCUCAUGUGUAUAAAUCCUUUUUUUCUCCUUUUUUUUUUUUUUUUUUGUUUUUUUUUUGUUUUGAUUUUUUUUUUUUUUUUUUUUUAUAUUCUGCUUUUACACCUUUCUUUUUCUUUUUUUUUUUGGUAGGUUUUUAGUGAUUCGUUACCCCUUUGAUAAGGAAAAAUAUUUUUCCUUUUAUUAUAAUUGGUUUGAUGGUGUGAUUAGGAUAACUUGUUAGCACAAUGUACAUGCAAAGAAUUUUCAUUUCUCUCUGAUAUGAAUGGAUUUGAAAGGUUGUUGGAUCUGGUUAUUGAA